CCUGUUCGCCCGCUAGUACAGUAGUAUUUUUAUUUCGCCCCCUCGCUCUCGGCUCGCCUCCCAUUCUCUCUCUCCUUUCCCCACUACUAGCUGCCCGUCACCCGCCGCUCUGUUCCAUCCAGCCUGCGCCGGUCCCAUUCGCCCGCCAUUCCGCCGCGCGCCGCCGGCAGGGCGCCGCGUCCCGGGAACGCGCGCGUGCGGUGCGGGCGCGGGGGGAUUCGUCGCGCGCGGGCACCAGGAGAGGGAGGGGGCGCGGGGGGAUUCGUCGACCGCGCCACCUGGGAACUGGGAUGCCGUGAUCGACGCCGCGCGCCUGGAGCCUGGGGAUGGGGCGGGUUGGCCUCGGCGUGGCGGCGGGUUGCGCGGCCGCCACGUGCGCGAUCGCUGCCGCGCUGGUGGCGCGCAGGGCGUCGGCGCGGGCGCGCUGGCGCCGGGCCGUCGCGCUGCUCAGGGAGUUCGAGGACGGCUGCGCCACGCCGCCGCCACGCCUGCGCCAGGUCGUCGACGCCAUGGUCGUCGAGAUGCACGCCGGCCUCGCCUCCGACGGCGGCAGCAAGCUCAAGAUGCUGCUCACCUUCGUCGACGCGCUGCCCGCCGGAAAUGAAGAAGGAACAUAUUAUUCCAUCGAUCUCGGAGGAACAAACUUUAGAGUGUUAAGAGUUGAAGUUGGUGCUGGGUCUGUGGUCACCCGUCGGAAGGUUGAACUUCCCAUCCCUGAGGAAUUGACCAAGGGUACAAUUGAGGAGCUAUUCAACUUUGUUGCCAUGACUCUAAAGGAAUUUGUAGAAACAGAAGAUGGGAACGAUGAACAACGAGCGCUUGGUUUCACAUUUUCUUUCCCAGUUAGACAAACAUCAGUAUCUUCGGGGUCAUUGAUUAGGUGGAAUAAAGGGUUUUUGAUUGAAGAUGCGGUUGGGAAAGAUGUGGCUCAAUGCUUAAAUGAAGCUCUUGCUAGGAAUGGACUAAAUGUGCGAGUUACUGCACUGGUGAAUGACACCGUGGGGACAUUAGCUCUAGGACAUUAUCACGAUGAGGAUACAGUGGCUGCUGUGAUCAUUGGUGCUGGCACCAAUGCUUGCUAUAUUGAACGCACUGAUGCAAUUAUUAAAUGUCAGGGUCUUCUUACAAACUCUGGUGGCAUGGUAGUAAACAUGGAAUGGGGCAGUUUCUGGUCAUCACAUUUGCCAAGAACUCCUUAUGACAUCUCCCUUGAUGAUGAGACACAAAACCGCAAUGAUCAGGGGUUUGAGAAAAUGGUCUCUGGGAUUUAUCUUGGGGAAAUUGCAAGGCUGGUGCUGCAUCGAAUGGCUCUAGAAUCAGAUUUUUUUGGUGACGCUGCUGAUAAUCUAUGUACCCCCUUCACAUUGAGCACACCACUCCUCGCUGCAAUUCGCAAGGACGAUUCACCAGAUCUGAGCGAAGUCAGGAAGAUACUGCAAGAACAUCUGAAGAUACCGGACACUCCUCUGAAAACUCGAAGGCUGGUUGUCAAAGUGUGCGACAUCGUCACCCGGAGAGCUGCCCGCCUAGCCGCCGCUGGUAUUGUCGGGAUACUGAAAAAGCUCGGCCGUGAUGGGAGCGGUGUUGCUUCAAGCGGGAGAACGGGAGGGCAGAUGAGGCGGACGGUGGUUGCCAUCGAGGGUGGGCUGUACGAGGGCUACCCGGUGUUCAGGGAGUACCUAGACGAAGCCCUGGUGGAGAUCUUGGGGGAGGAGGUGGCGCGGACGGUGGCGCUGAGGGUGACAGUGGAUGGGUCUGGGGCCGGCGCUGCCCUCCUUGCCGCCGUACAUUCGUCGAAUAGACAGCAAGGUUCCAUAUAGGGAGAAGGGAAGAUGGUGAUACAGCCCCCUCUGUGCAAAUGUAAAAAGGAACAUUAUUUGAUAUCUAUAUUCAUAUAUAUAUAAUCUGGUCUUGUGCAGAAGAAAUACCUGUUCUCCUAUCUAUGCUCUUGUGAUUCUUCUGCCUUGCCCUUGUGGAUGUAGGCGUCGCUGUGUACUAGGUUUACAUUUUUUCAGUCUUGAGGGGAUUUAUAAUUCUUUGUAAAUCUGAGUUGCUGGUUGUCUCUUGCCUUGCAUCAGUUCACAGAGAGUACCAAGCUGUCAUGGGCUGGGCUGACAGAGGACAGGGAUCCUUCAGUAAUAAGAAGCCCGAUAUGAGAACAGCACAUACCAUAACGGAAGUACGUUCGUGGGCCACGAGCCACAAAGGCCGAAAGCGUGCGCCAUUCGAAAAACGCGACGGUUUCUUCCAGAAGGCUCCGAGGCUCCAACCACACGUCGGUUCCUCCGACUCCGCGCGCGUCUCCCGCCGUUCCGCCGGCACCGUACACGAUGGCUCUCCAAUUCGAUUAAUCGGCUCUGUGGCUGUCGGAUCAAGUUUCGCUUGUACAGUUACGACAAGGAUUACACGGAUUGUGCGACGAAUGAUGCACGGGAGGAGGAUAGUACGGUACAAACAAGGCACUCCUGAGUGGGAUGAGAUGCUAGUUACAAGUGAAAUAACAGGCAGUGUUAUUUGUUAAUCAAGGCACUACUACCCUCAAGCAACUUUCUGCACUGUUGAUAACCGGGAUACUGGUUAGUGAUCAGUUGAUCAUCACAGCUCGUCUCAAUUAUCAACGCUGUAACAACAUACAGGUUUCUUGGACCGCUACGAUCCUCCAGUGAUUGCCUCCAAAGGUGUCAGAGUUCAGGUGACAUUGCUCCACUUUGAAGUAUUGCUCUGAGGUGUCUUCGGCCACUAUAAAAAAAGUCGCUAUGCUGUGUUCUUCAGGCUAGCUACCUUCCGUAGAUAUUGUCUUUACAGGGGAUACUUUUUACCUACACUUUUGUACAACGUAAACGUAUGCUCUACAGAAUCCUUCAAGUAGCAGGAACUGUCACAAAGGCAAUGGCAGUGACGCCUUUGGGAAUAUUCUCUGUCCUGGCGCUAGGAUGGCUAGGGGAUCAUAUCUGUGUUUCCUCCGUUCAAAUGUCUCCCACCUUGCUCCAAAGUGGGCUUUCCACUGCUGCUGUGUGGUGUAGGGUGCCAGAUACUGUUUCAUCCCAAUACCAGCCUCUUCACAGAACUCCACUAUCUGUUUGUUCAGGUUCAUUGAAUGUGCAAUGCUGCCGUAACCUGAGAGAGACGGUGCUGAAGAAAGGAACCCCACUAGGAUCUUGCCAAAGACUUCCUUAGCAAAUCUGCGGAUGGAGCUCCUCGGUAUUAGAAGAUUCAGCCAAGGAUGUGGAACUUCCCAGAGGCCUUGUGCCCUCAGUUUCAACUCAGAGGUGUGCACCCUGUCCAAGAACUCCAGCGAAAUAACAGGUUCACCUGUUCCAUGGUAUCAGUGUCGUCACUAUUGAAGUUCUUGGUUAGCUCGAGGCAGUAUAGUACUCUUCCAUCCGACUGAAAAUGGCUUGCUUCGACUGGGUCUUGUGGCUUGAAGGACGCCCUCCAGUUGUUGAGGACGCCUGUCCUGUUUAUGAUGACAAAACCUUCAACGUAGUCAAAGGAGUUCUCUGCCAUUAUCAGCAUCUCCUGGUCCUCGGUGAAGCUUUCAAAAUCCGAGCUCAAGUGCAAUCCUUGCUCUGGUGAUGAUCCCGAACUGACCAAGACCACCGAGAGCAGCAUAGAAGAGAUCAGCGUUAUCAUCGGGUGAGCAGGUUUAUGAACAUUGAAGUGAACUUCAGGCAGUGGAGCAGAAUCUAGAGGGCGGUGCGGAGCAUUCUUUAAAGAAGCUUAUGAUGUUUUUCUUACUGAGUCAAUGUAUGCAUAAGCUAAUAAUAUUUCUGAAAAUUAUUAGAGCGAUAUUGCUGGUGCAACAUCCUAUCCUCUGGAAGCAUAGUAGAUAGAGGUUUCUCUAUAUUAUCUGUCUCUAAGGGCUCUUUCUCACAAAACUUCAACUUUGAACAAAUACUAUGAAGAGCAUGAUUGUAUUCUGCAACAGAUUUGAAUUCUUGCAGAUGAAGCUGAUUCCA